UAACGACUUUCUCCGGCCUGAUAACUGUCCCUCAGAAGCUGCCGUUAGCAUUGUGGUCGUAUCGGUUGCGUGAAGCUUGUUUUUGCUGUUACAAUUUUUUAUUUCCAACUUUUAAGAAAGGAUUGUACACAUUAUUCGUCCACUUUACUCACAGCGGGUGUACCAUGUCUGCCGAGGCCCUGAAGAAGCGGAAGGCGAAGGUUCUCCGCGCUGAAGGAGUAACCCCCGAGGUGAAGCGAGGUCGUGGAGAAGGGGACGCACAGGAUGCCCGUGUGUACAGCGAGGAGAUGGAGCUGGAGCGCAGGGAUCCUGAGCAGGACUACAAGCAGUACAAGCAGACCUGCGAGAGCCUGGCUUCACUCAUGGGGGAGAUCCAAGAGCUGAAGGCAGCCGGUGCUAAAGAAGGAUGUACCGAAGUGGAGAAGAGACGUCUGCAGAGCUGCAUCCACUUCAUGAAUCUGAAGAAGCUCAAUCGCUUGGCUCACAUUCGUCUGAAGAAGGGCAGAGACCAGACCCACGACGCAAAGCAGAAGGUGGACGUGUUGCAUCUUCAGCUGCAGAACCUGCUGUACGAGGUCAUGCACCUGCAGAAGGAGAUCAGCAAGUGUCUGGAGUUCAAGUCGAAGCACGAGGAGAUCGACCUGGUGAGCGAGACGGAGUUCUACCAGGAGGCCCCGGAGGAGAUCUCCAGGCCCCUCCUCACCAAGGAGGACCCCCACCAGCUCACCCUGGCCCGGCUGGACUGGGAGCUGGAGCAGAGGAAGAGGUUGGCGGAAAAAUACAGCGAGUCCCAGACGACCAAGGAGAAGAUCGCGAAGAGCAUCGAGGUGAAGAAGGAGCAUCUGGGCAGCCUCCAGCCCGGCCUCAACGCCAUCAUGCAGGCCUCCCUCCCGGUGCAGCAGUACCUGUCCAUGCCCUUCGAGCAGACCCAGAAGCAGACGGAGGUGGCCCGGCACCUGCCGCCCGCCCUCUACGUGCUGUUCGUCCAGGCCAAGGCGUACGGACAGGCCUGUGACAAGAACCUCAGCGUGUCCAUCAGCGGGGACGUGGACGAGGCCAAGGCGCUGUCCAAGCCCCCCGAGGACUCCCAGGAUGAUGAGAGCGACUCUGAUGCUGAGGAGGAGCAGGAGAAAACGAAGAGGAGGCGUCCCACCACCGGCUGCCAGCUGGACGACAAGCGGCGGGAGAUGCUGAAGAGGCAUCCUCUCUCCCUCUGCCUGGACCUCAAGUGUAAAGAUGGCAGCGUCCUCCACCUCUACUUCUACCACCUGAUCAACCUCAACAUCCUGACCGUGAAGACCAAGGUGGCCCCCGCCACGGACCUCAGCACCGCCGUCAGCGCUGGUGAGCUGCUGAACGCGGAGACUCUGCUGAGCUGUCUGUACAGCGGAGACCUGGGCCAGGAGACCCCCAACCCCGCCAACCGCUACCAGUUCGAUAAAGUCGGGAUCGUGACGUUCGCGGACCACGUUGGAGAGCUGGGGCACCCCUACGUCUGGGUGCAGGACCUGGGGGGGCUCUACUUCCCUGGAGAGGCUCCGCAGGGUGUCCGUGUGGGCAGUGCUCUCAGUGCCAGCCACAUGGAGGCCACUAUGAAGCUGCUGAGAGGCCGGGUCCAGUCCCGCCUGGCCCUCCACAAGCAGUUCACCUCCCUGGAGCACAGCAUCGUGCCCAUCGCCGCCGAGUCCCAGCACCUCUUCCCCGCCAAGGUCAUCUCCCGACUGGCCCGCUGGACCACCAUCGCCCACCAGGACUACAUGGACCUAAGCUUCACCAAGCACGUGACGGGCGCGGGCCUGGCCAAGGAGGCGGACCUCUUCUUCAUGGCGGUGUUGGAGCGGGGAACAGCUCGUCUGCAGGCGGCGGUGGUCCUGAGCCCGCGCUACCCCGAGGUCUCCCCUCUGUUCUCCCUCUGCCUCAGCUGGAAGGGCGAGCACAGCGGGAGCACCGACGACAACCUCCGGGCCAUGGAGAGCGAGGUGAACGUGUUCAAGAGCGAGCUGCAGGGCCCCCGCCCGGGCCACCAGCUGCUGACCAAUCAACUGGCCCGGCUGUGCGUCUGUCUGGACGUGUACCUGGAGACGGACGGCGAGGACAACAGCGUGGAGGGCCCGCGGGAGUUCCCCCGGGAGAAGAUGUGUCUGCGCACCGUCAGGGGCCCCAACCGCCUGAAGCCCUUCAAGUACAACCACCCCCAGGGCUUCUUCAGCCACCGCUGAUCCCCCCCCCCCCCUACCCCUGGGUGCCGGCCCCGCCCCCCCCACCCUGGGGGCCGGCCCCCCACACCCCUGGUUGCUGGGGUCCUAAGGGGCGUUCAGAGCCACAUGCCCCCCCCCAGUCCGUCGGCCCGUCGCCCCCCUCCCCCGUGGUUCCUGAGGAGACGGACAUCUUUAUUUGUUGUCGCACACAAAAAAAAUGGUCCCUUUUUUGAAUAAAAAAGUGUAUUUUUCAUGAAA